AUGUCGGCGCUGGCUCAAGAUCGCUUGCAAAUGAGUCGCAUGCCGCUCGACCAAUGGUCGAAACGCGAGCAAUUGUGCUUGGCAUCGGCAGUGUCCUGCAGCGGUGAUCAAAACUGGAUCACAGUGAGUCGCACGCUCAAGACCGUCUGCGGCAAUGGGGCGACUCCCGAUUGGUAUUCACAGAAAAACUGCGCUGUGCAAUAUGGACACCUGUUGGAAAGCGUUGAAACUACCAAGCGUAAGAAGCGAAGCAGCGAAAGUGGAGUAUCCUCGCCGGCCAUUGAGCCACCAACGGAGUUGUUGCUACGCCGUCUGACCGAAGAACGCAUGGCUGAGAUUAAGGCGCAAAUGCGUCGCGAUCAGGAAGAGUAUUGUAAGGUGUUCCGCGAAAUUGAGGCUUUGCAAUCGGACGACAUUACGGAGCAAGAGUUGCAGGAGAUGUGGCAACAGGUGGAGAAUCAGCAGGAGACGCAACGUAUUGAUGAAAUGAAGCUGGAGAAUCGCAUGCGGGAGCGAGAACAACGCAAAAAAGAAAUGGCUAUAAGCUGGCGUAACACUGCAGCCAGACGCAACAACUCUGCAACGGAUACCACCUCGGUGGACAUGGAUGUGGAAGAGAUUGCGGCGAGCAGCAGCAGCACAAGUUCGACGACCAGCAACAAAAGUGCCUUACCCUCACCGCUGCUAACGUCGUUGCUGAAAUCACCAACAGCAGCACCAACUGCAGUGUCCCCAGUGCAUUCGCCGGCAGUAGGAGCUGGCAGCGUGGCACGUGCUACAGCCCCAACAAUUACAACGCUGCUCACCAGCGGCACCAGCGCCAUAUCCAAUCAGCCAGCUAUUACGCUCAAGAAUGCCAGUGAUAGCGCGUUUAUUACAAGGCCUAUCAGUGGACCUCCCACAGUCGAGGCGCACACACCAACUACACCAGGUACGCCGGGCCCAAGUCCAUCGCAGGCAGCGCCCACGCUUUCCAUGUUGUUGGAGAAGAACAAAGCCAUGAAAUCUAGUGAGACUUCGUCCACGGCACAACAGCCGGCACAGCCUACAGAUACAGAGGUCAGUUCCCAGCAGCAGCCAGCAAUGAAUGCAAAGUCCAGCUCAGAAAGUGCAAUACCAAAUAGCACCAACUCCCAAUCGGACGAAACUGAUCCAAAUGAGGAGCAACAGCUGCUGCAAGUCUUCGAGAACAUCGAUGACAUUAUAGACGACAUCGAUAUCGACAUGUCCAGUGUUAUUGAUGAGGAUAUUUUAAAGGACGUGGCUGAUGAGGCUGAACAGACUGCGUCCCCCAAUGACAAGCCCGAAGUGGUUGAUUUCGAGGACAAAUUAGAUUCACUUAAGCGCGGCCAAACGGCUGCCAGCUCACCAGCUCCAGGAGCUGACGGGACGAGUGAUAGCAACGAAACGGGCGUUACAAAACCAACUGAAGUGGUAAUUGGCUCCAGCGACGAUUCAAACGAUAACAUACCAUUAGCCACAGUGGCCUCGCAGGAGAGCAAAGAGAGUCAAAUGCAGAGUCAAAACGAUGACGAAACGUCACAAAUAGUUUCUACUAUAGAGCCUGUGGAGGAGGCUAACGAAAAUGUUGCAAUGGAGAUGACUGCACGUAUCGAGCAGGAGAAGGCAGCAUCAAUAGCUGAGAAAGAAUCGGAGCAGCCCCCGGAAGUGGCUAUAGCUACAGAAAAAACUGAGGCGGAAAAACCGCAACAGGGACAUAGUGAAUCGACUCCAACCCCAAUUGAAGACACAAUUGAAGGGGCUAUCAUUGAGGAAACGACAACAGAAGAAGGCAUAAAGGAAGAGUUGAAAAUUGAUGAUAAAGUCAAACCGGAUGCAGCAACGAUGGAACCCAAAGCUACGAUCACAAUCUCCGUACAUGACACGGAUGAAGAAUAUUCCUCGCUCACAGAUAGCAGCAAACAGGACGAGCCUACGCGCAAUGCCAAGCAACCAAAAAUGCCGAGUCGAGAGUCAGUUACUGUAGAGCCAAAAACUGAAGCGGAACCGUCGGGUAGUGGAAGUGGCGCUCAUGUUAUUCCACAACCGCCAGGCGCGCUUGCCCGACCGCCACUGCUACGCAAGCUGCCGCAUCGCGAUCGAUCCGAGAGUCCCAUGAUUGAUGAUGACAUGGCCACGGCAAGCGAUCAUUCGACGGCGAAGACGACAAAUGCGCGUCGACGCUGCUCCUCAACGCCGCUGAUAGAUAGCAUUCCAAAUUCGCCGGCAUCUAGCGAGCACACAGACGAUCGUAGGGAGACACGUGCCGCCACCAAAAAGCUAUUCCUGACCAUUUACAGCACGCUGAACGAAAGCAAACAUGCAGCACCAUUUCGACGAGCCUUCCACGACGAGCAUGCGCACAAAUAUUCCGAGCUAUGCCUGCGGCCCAUGGACUUGCCCACCAUCAAGCGUAACAUCGACUCCGGCGCGAUACGCAGUCUUAGCGAAUUGCAUCGCGAUAUUCUGCUGAUGUGCCAGAAUCUGUUAACCAUUUAUAAGCCACAAAUGUCGCAUUAUAAAACGGCUCGGCUCUUUCUGCAGGAUUGUCAGGCAAUCAAGGAGCUUGCGGCUCAUCCCGAAACAUCUGGCAUGAAAAUGGAUAGGGAGAAACACGGCGUUCAUAAGGCCCGUAGUGGUUCCCGCAAGAGUCAACGUCAUCAUUAGAACUUCUAUUCUAAGACACAAAAUUAAAAAAUAACAAACAAAAGACUCAAUAAACUUAACCUUAACAUUUCUAUAUUCAAACUUAA